AUUUAGCAAUACAAUUUGCUAUAAAUAGUAGGAUCGGGGUCAAUAUUGUUGAUUCAAAAUCCGCCCGGAAAAACAGCAAAUUACACUGACAAGUGUGAAAUUACACAAGAAAGUAGCCUUUUGUGUCUCAUGCCUCUUCAAUCGCUGCAGUUCCAACAUUUUGCCUUUCUCUCGCUUUGAUUUCUCCAAAACUUAUUUCAAACGGUAAUGAAAUCCGAGAGACGAAGCAAGCUGUUCCUUCCCUUGUGAUUUUUCUAGUUUUGUUUUUAUAGUGAGUAUUAAGGCAAAAAGAAUGACGCGAGAUGAGGAUCUGCUGGGUCGUGACCGUGGUGAUGAAUUCCAAACCGACGAUGAAGAAAACCUGGCAGAAAGGGCUUGUGAAAAUCAUUACGAUACAGAAUCCGAUGACUCUUCUCCUACGCACAUCUCAAAUCAUAGUAUUGAGUCUGCUACUCCUACGUGGCCUCAGAGUUACAGGAGGUCGAUAGACAUGCUCACUACUCAAAUUAGCUUCAUGAAAGGGACUGGAGGUGGGGGAGGCAUAACCAGUUCCUUAACUUCAGUUUGCAAGAUAGGCCAAAGUUCUGAGUUUGCUUCUUCCCUAAGUAAACCUCUCAUCUCGCAACAAAGUUUAGACAAAGAAGAAGUUCCUACCUCUACACUUCCACUUAAGUUAAGUGGAUCGUUUCCCUCAAGAUUUUCCAUUGAUGAAUUGCCACCGCCAAAUAAGGACAGCUCAUUUGCCCAAGCAGUCCUAAAUGGAAUAAAUAUUCUAUGUGGCAUAGGACUCCUUACAACACCUUAUGCAGUCAAAGAAGGAGGAUGGUUGAGUCUCUUAAUCCUCUUAUUCUUUGGUAUCCUCUAUUGUUAUACUGGUUCACUAUUAAAGAAAUGUUUAGAAAGGUCGCCUGGACUCAGAACAUACCCUGAUAUUGGGCAGGCUGCUUUUGGAGUGGCUGGUCGCCUAAUGAUAUCUAUAUUGUUAUAUUUUGAAUUAUAUGCAGCUUGUGUGGAAUAUGUAAUUAUGAUGAGUGAUAACUUGUCAACCUUAUUCCCAGACACUUUCAUGAGUUUUUCUGGAGUACAACUUAAUUCUCAUCAAAUCUUUGCCUUCAUAGCAACGAUUAUUGUUCUUCCAACUGUUUGGCUUCGAGACCUUAGUUUGUUGUCUUACCUUUCAGUUGGAGGAGUAGGUGCAUCAAUUUUGGUAGCUUUCUGCUUGUUGUGGGUUGGGGUGGUGAACAAAGUCGGAUUUCAUCAAAAUGGAGUAGCUCUAAAUCUUCCAAAACUACCUUUUGCAGUUGGGAUUUACGGUUAUGGCUUCUCUGGUCAUGCUGUUUUUCCAAAUAUUUACUCCUCUAUGAAAGAGACAUCAAGAUUUACAUCAGUUUUAAUUAUCAGCUUCAUUUUUUGUUGGUUUUUGUACACCGCUGUAGCAAUAUGUGGCUUUUUGAUGUUUGGUGACUCCAUCAAAUCCCAAUAUACAUUAAACAUGCCUGUAGAGUUCAUGGCUUCUAAGAUUGCAGUCUGGACAGCGGUCGUGAACCCAAUGACAAAGUAUGCCUUGACAAUAACACCUGUGGCAUUGAGUUUAGAGGAACUCAUGCCUUCAGGUCGUCUUAGAUCUUACGGUGUAUCAUUAAUCAUCAGAACAACUUUAGUAGUUUCAACUUUAGUUGUGGCACAAACAUUUCCAUACUUCGGUUUUGUGAUGGCCUUUAUUGGGUCUUCACUUGCAAUGCUUGUUGCUGUUAUCUUUCCAUGCGCAUGUUAUCUCUGCUUACUUCAUGAAAGAUUAACCAAGUUGCAGAUUUCAGCUUGCAUACUCACCAUUGGCGUAGGGAUGCUGACUGCCUGUGUUGGUACAUAUUCAUCUAUUUUAAGAAUGGCUAACAAAUUUAUCUAAUGGAAGGAAAAUGAAGUCUUGGAUCUAUUUGUGGAUAUCGGGCUAUCUACAAUUGAAUAUGGUCAACUGACUCCACUCAAUUUCUAUUUUUUUUCUUAAUUCAAAAAGGGAAAAAGGGGAGGGGAACAAGAAAGAAGCCAUAGGUAUUUUGAGUUAAAAAACAAAUUGUGUACUUCAAAUUUUAACUUGGUAAAAUUAGAUGAAAAAUAAGAGAAUUGGGUAAAUUUUGAGGUUGAUGAAGUAUUAUAUUUUGAUAUAUGGUGUUGAAGUGGGCAAAGAAAUGUGAAGGGAAACAAAGUAACUUUUUUUGCUAAAUAGUGUUAUAAUUGAUGCGAUUGAUAUAUGCAUGCAAAGAACAUCUGAGAGUUGAACAAGAAUUAACUUGUUUGUUGUUGUGUACAAAUAAUGAAAUACUAUUUGCCUUAAUAAAAAUAAAGAAUGUUAAAUGG